AUGACGCUCGUCCAAGACCCCCUCCAAGAUCCUGUCCAGCAGAAACAACCUCUUCUCAAUGGACAUGCCGUUCAUGUCGUUCCUACAGACAGCAAUGCCGCUGUCGACGUCGACGUCAACGUCAAAAACACAGUCACAGAGACCACAACAGAAGUAAAGCCUGAGCCUGAAAUUCAAACAAAACCCCGCUUCGAGAUCGAAGAGCACCCCAUCGACCAAGUCCGCGACAUCAAAGUCGGCGUCAUCGGCGCUGGUCUGGCGGGCGUGACGGCCGCAGUCCUCCUCCCAGCCAAACUGCCAGGUCUGGACCUGCGGGUCUAUGAGAAGAAUCCGGAUGUGGGCGGCACCUGGUUCGAAAACACGUACCCCGGCGUGCGUUGCGACAUCCCCGCGCACGUCUAUCAAUCCGGCUUCGCGCCCAACACGCAGUGGACCGAGGAGUUUGCGCAGGGCCACGAGAUCCGCGAGUACUGGCAGUCUGUGGCGCGCAAGUUCGACGCGUACAAGUACUUCCGGUUCCGGCAGAAGGUGCAGCGCGCGGAAUGGGUGGCGGAGGAGACGAAGUGGAAGCUGACGAUUGAGGAUUUGAACAGUGGAGAGGUUUAUGAAGACCGCCUCGACUUCCUCGUCUCCGCCAUCGGGCACUUCAACGCCUGGCGCCUCCCCGACUACCCCGGCAUCGACACCUACCAGGGCGUGCUCUUCCACUCGUCCAACUGGAACCACGACGUCGACCUGCACGGCAAACGCAUUGCGCUGAUCGGCAACGGCGCGUCCGGCCUGCAGGUGCUGCCGUCCAUCCAGCCCAUCGCGGCGCACGUCGACCACUACGCGCGCAACCGCACCUGGGUCGUUGAGGCGUUUGGCCCCGGCGGCAUACGGCGCCUAGAGCCCAACUAUUUUAGUGACGAGCAGAAGGAGGCCUUCAAGGACCCUAAGACGUACCUCGAGUACCGCAAGAAGGUCGAGGCGGGCUUCUUCUCGCGCUUCGGCGUCAUCUUCAAGAACUCGCCCGAGAACAACGCCCUGCGCGAGAAGUGGACCAACCUGAUGAAGGAGCGCGUCAAGGACAAGCCAGAACUGGCUGACCAGAUCAUCCCUGAUUUCCCUCCCAACUGCCGCCGUCCGACGCCCGGGCCGGGCUAUCUGGAGGCGCUGACCAAGCCCAACGUCAGCUACAUCACGACGCGCAUCCAGCGCUUCACGGAGAAGGGCAUCGUCACGGUCGACGGCGUCGAGCGCGAGGUCGACGUGGUGAUCUGCGCGACGGGCGCCAACGUCGACUUUGCGCCGCCAUUCCCCAUCGUCGCCCACGGGGUCAAUCUGCAGGAGGCCUGGAAGCCCGGCGGCAAGUACGGCUUUCCCUACCUGUAUCUGGGGAUGGCAGCGCCGGGCUUCCCCAACCUGGCGUGGGUUGGAGGCCCGUAUUCGAGCGGCUACAGCGGCACGGUGCCCAACAGCUUCGAGAACCAGGUCACGUACAUCGCGAAAGUGAUCCGCAAGCUGCGCAGCCAGGGCAUCGCGACGCUGGCGCCGACAUUCGCGGCCACGGACGACUUUGUCGAGUACUGCGACCGGUUCUACCCGCGGACGGUGUGGACAGGGAACGACGACUCGUCCAAGGACAGCAAGAACUGCAGCUCGUGGUACAACGGGGGGAGACCGGGGGGACGCGUACACGGCCUGUUCCCCGGCAGCGCGGCCACAGCGAACUACAUCCGGCGAGACCCUCGCUGGGAGGACUUCGAGUAUACGUAUACCAACCCCAGUGGCAACCGGUUCGCUUGGUUCGGCAAUGGCUGGCGCGAGAGAGAGAAGCAGCCCGAGGGCGAGGUCGAUUUGACGCCGCAUCUUAAGAUUGAAAGCGAGAUUGAUCUGCGGACGCACUGUGAGGGGUGGUGGGAUGUAUAG